AUGGACGAGAUCAUAGCGGCCCAGCAGCAGGUGGUUAAAGACAUCUUGCCAGUCGGUGUCACGCAAGGUGUCUUGAUCCCUUUAAAGACCACGCUGGAGCUUCGUGACGAUCACCGCUGUGUCAAUGUGGUCAUCACUCGAGUUCCUGUCAAGAGCGCCAAUGCCGUCAUUACUCUACUUCGCAACCUCCUGCCUGAGGCUAUUGCUAAAGGCAUGCCUCAUUUGCGUCGAUGUGCGAAGCCCGUAGAUCUACCUGCCCACCUGAAGUUGCAGUUCAUGCAUGACGACGCUAGCAGCCGACAAAUACAUACCGGAAAAUCACAGUGGAUCUACAUUAUUGUCGGGCCUGCAGCUAACUUGUCCAAACAAGAACUGCUCAAUGGCCUGUGUUCGGUCGAAGGCCUUGUUGAUGCCAACGGGUCGGCCCGUGGUCCAUGGCUUUCAACUAUCCCAGUUCCCUCGCUGGCCCCAAUCUCCCAGAUCCAGGCUGCGAUGUGGUCUGAACAAUACUGGCCUUGUGUCUACCGCAAGAACAACCCACUUGGUCCCCACCCUAGCAUGGUGACCCGGUAUACAGAUGAGAUCAAACCAGACGCGUCCAUCUGGGUGAGCCUUGCACACCAAAUCGCCGAGAAGGGCAAGGAGGCCGGUUAUGGCGAGCCCAUGGGCGCUUGCAUCGUCCACCGUGGUCCAGAUGGCUGCCGUAUCGUGGCGUUGGCAGCUGACGCUCGGUGGCACAACCAAGCUAAGACAUGCAGUACCGGCAACCCAAUGGCUCAUUGCGUUAUGCGGGCUAUCAGCAUGGUUGCUCAGAAGCUGGUGCGGGCAGAGCAAAGGGAAGGAGGACUCCCGGAAACGGUUCUGGAAUUUGAGGCAUUCCAGGACAAACCUCUCCUGGACGAGGAGCAAAAGGUCUUUGAGGAGGAUCACCCCACCCCUGACGGAUACCUCUGCCACGACCUCGAGCUCUACGUGACUCACGAGCCAUGCGUGAUGUGCUCCAUGGCAAUUCUGCACUCGCGCAUGGGCAAAGUUGUGUUCAGCGAGCGAAUGACUCUGACUGGCGGCAUGACGGCAGAGGUCCGCGGACACAAUCAGCCACACUUGGCAGACUUUGGUGGAGGUCAUGGUCUCGGACUCUUUUGGCGCAGAGAGUUGAACUGGAGCUUGGUCGCAUGGGAGUGGGAGGGCAACAAGUGCGUCCAACAUCAUGAUGUUGACCCCAUGGUCCAUGCUUGA